CUUCCCCGAGUUCCGGAGUCGAGUCGCUGGCUGCCUUGGCCAGAGCGGAGAUGCAGCCGCCGCCCCGAAAAGUGAAACCGGCCCAGGAGGUGAAGCUUCGCUUCCUAGAACAGCUGAGCAUCCUUCAGACCCGGCAGCAGAGAGAGGCGGAUCUGCUGGAGGACAUCAGAUCCUACAGCAAGCAGAGGGCAGCCAUUGAACGGGAGUAUGGGCAGGCACUCCAGAAACUGGCAGGGCCGUUCCUGAAGCGGGAAGGGCACCGGAGCGGGGAGAUGGACAGCAGACCUUCUCUGGGGAGGGGCAGGACAGUGUUUGGUGCCUGGCGCUGCCUGCUGGAUGCCACCGUGGCCGGGGGCCAAACCCGGCUCCAGGCGUCCGACCGAUACCGUGACCUAGCAGGGGGCGCAGGGCGGAGUGCCAAGGAGCAGGUGCUUAGGAAGGGAACCGAGAACCUCCAGAGGGCGCAGGCUGAGGUGCUGCAGUCUGUCCGGGAGCUGAGCCGAAGUCGGAAGCUGUAUGGGCAGCGGGAACGUGUGUGGGCCUUGGCACAGGAGAAGGCAGCUGACGUCCAGGCCAGGCUGAACCGAAAUGACCAUGGGAUCUUCCACUCUCGGACCAGUCUCCAGAAGCUGAACACCAAGCUAUCUGCCCAGUCGGCCCAGUACUCCCAGCAGCUGAGAGCAGCCCGCAAUGAGUACCUGCUCAACUUGGUGGCCACCAACGCCCACCUUGACCAUUACUACCAGGAGGAACUGCCAGCUGUGCUCAAGGCCCUGGUUAAUGAGCUGUCAGAACACUUGAGGGACCCCCUGACCUCACUGAGCUGCACUGAGCUGGAAGCCGCAGAGAUGGUCCUGGAGCAUGCCCGCCGUGGGGGACAGGCAAGCUCCCAGGUAAGCUGGGAGCAGGAUCUGAAGUUGUUUCUUCAGGACCCUGGAGUAUUUUCCCCCACCCCACCUCAGCAGUUUCAGCCAGCAGGGACUGAUCAGGUGUGUUCCCUGGAGAGGGGAGCAGAAGGCAUGGCUGGGGACACUGGCCUGGAGAAGGAGGUUCAGCGCUGGACGAGCCGCGCUGCCCGCGACUACAAGAUCCAGAACCAUGGGCAUCGGGUGCUACAGCGACUGGAGCAGAGGCGACAGCAAGCCUCUGAGCGGGAGGCUCCAGGCAUAGAACAGCGGCUGCAGGAAGUGAGGGAGAGCGUCCGACGGGCACAAGUGAGCCAGGUGAAGGGGGCUGCCCGGCUGGCCCUGCUGCAGGCGGCUGGCCUGGAUGUGCAGCGCUGGCUGAAGCCAGCUAUGACCCAGGCCCAGGAUGAGGUGGAGCAGGAGCGACGGCUCAGCGAGGCUCGGCUCUCCCAGAGGGACCUCUCUCCCACUGCUGAGGAUGCUGAGCUUUCUGACUUUGAGGAAUGUGAGGAGACAGGGGAGCUCUUUGAGGAGCCCGCCCCCCAAGCUUUGGCUACCAGGCCCCUCCCCUGCCCUGCACAUGUAGUGUUUGGCUAUCAGGCAGGGCGUGAGGAUGAGCUGACCAUCACGGAGGGUGAGUGGCUGGAGGUCAUAGAGGAGGGAGAUGCUGACGAAUGGGUCAAGGCUCGGAACCAGCACGGUGAGGUAGGCUUUGUCCCUGAGCGGUAUCUCAACUUCCCGGACCUCUUCCUCCCUGAGAGCGGCCAUGACAGCGACAAUCCCUCAGGGGCAGAGCCCACAGCAUUCCUGGCUCGUGCCCUGUACAGCUACACGGGACAGAGUGCAGAGGAGCUGAGCUUCCCUGAAGGGGCACUCAUCCGUCUGCUGCCCCGGGCCCAAGAUGGAGUGGAUGACGGCUUCUGGAGGGGAGAAUUUGGGGGCCAUGUUGGGGUCUUCCCCUCCCUGCUGGUGGAGGAGCUGCUUGGCCCCCCAGGGCCACCUGAACUGUCUGACUCUGAACAGACAUUGCCGUCCCCUUCUCCUCCCAGCUUCUCCCCACCUGCACCCACUUCUGCGCUGGAUGGGCCCCCUGCACCUGUCCUGCCUGGGGACAAAGUCCUGGACUUCCCUGGACUCCUGGACACGAUGGCACCUCGACUCAGGCCGAUGCGUCCACCACCUCCCCCGCCAGCUAAAGCCCCGGAUCCUGGUCACCCAGAUCCCCUCACCUGAAGGCCAGGGGGAUCACUGUCCCCAGUGAUGCUGCUGCCCUUAUCUCCAUACUGUCAGAGACCACACCCUCAAUGAUCCGGAGCAACACAGCCAAAAGCUGAAAUCUCCCUUAUUUCUAGGGGUAGAAACUUCUCCUUUCCCCAUUUCUGGGGCUGGAACCCACUCCUUCUUCCCCAUUGUCCUCCUGCCACCUCUAGGGCUAUAACUACCCCUUUCUCUUCUGCCACCACCCUAUCUCCAGGGCAGUGACACACCCUGACGUCUCUGGGGCUGGAACCUAUCCCCCAAAGUCUUGAGUGGCUCCAGCCCAUCUAUGUCUCCACCUGGGCUCUGUGACCCACCCACCUCUGGAUGCCAGGGUCACUGGGGUUGGGGGUAGAAGAGCAGGCCUUGGGAGUCAGAAGGAGCUGGAGCCAGUAUGCAAAGCAGCUGUAAUGGUCUGAGCGGAUUUAUUGACAGUGAAUAAAGGGCAUGAAGGCCAAGCAAGAGCUUGGGCCUCUUGUGCCAAGAGGG